AUGUGUUUGUCGCUCCUUCUGCGUAGCCGAUGCGCCCCACUCUUUCUGCGCGACGACGGGGUGCGAAUCCAUCCAGGAAGUCGUGGCGCACCACGUCAAUUGUCUAGACGCGGCGAGUGUGACAUGGCAAUCGACGUGAGAUCUCGAGUCGUUGAGCAGCCAGUGGGAUUUGGAGGAACGCAUCGUGUGGUUAGAAGUGGGAUGGUAAAAGCGGUUGAGCUUUUAUUUUUGCUUUUGAGAUGGAUGGGGAUGAUUAUGAUGGAUCUAAGAUGCGGCUGGGCUAGGUGUGGUGCAGAUGGGAAUGUGAGUUCUGAGUGGUGCUUAUCUGAUGGAAAUGCGUGGAAAAAAGUUGAGUGUCUUGAGUUUGGAAGUACUAAAGGUAUACCAGGAGAUCUUCUUUUCUUGUUGCUCAUUUUUGUGCUUCUGAUGUCUCGAGAUGAAGGCUCUAGUCCGAGGAGGUUCAAGAACCAGUGUCCUAGUAUUCAACAUCAAAUAUCUUCGCGUCAUAUGUUGUUGUGA